CUUUUAUAAUCGUGUAAAUAUCGAUUUGAUAUAAACUGUAAUUUGAUCAUUAAAACAAAUAUAUGUGAUGCACAAUAAUACUUUUGUGUACGUGAAUAGCCAAUAAUAUUGCUUUAAUAUAUUAUAAGACUUUAUUAUAUAUCCGUACAUACAUACAAUCACGCAAACUAACGAAAUUUAUAGACUGAGAAACGCCGCCGGAUUGUACGUAGUUUACAUAAUACAAGUCCAGCGAUCGAAGCCAGCUCUGGACUGGAACGAUGUAAACUUGGUCUUAUGUCAAAGAAUAAUUUUUUAUUUCCAUGAAUAUUUUCGAUUGGCUCUUAUCAUUAUUUUUUAUUUACUCUAUUUAAUAAUUAUUCUCUAUGAUAUUUCUUUGAAAGCGUUUCGUCUAUAACUUUCUUGGUUGAUAUUAAUUGAUACAUUCCAUUUGAUUUGCUGUACAGGUGCUUUAGUAUUAUUUGUAAUGAUUUGUUAUUGUGAGUGAAGUGAAGUGUCUAUGAUAUAUUUUAUGUGUUUUAUUUAAACAAUCCUAGUUUCUUAGAGAGAUGUCACACGGGCGUUUCGACGUCGCACAACCGGUGAUGACAGACGGCGUGCUACGCGACUAAAUGUCCACAUAAACAACGCACAAUGUUAAAUCGGUCUUGCUCGCUGAUGGGUUUUAAAGCUGUAGAAUUAGAUAACGUCAAUAUAAACAAAGAGGACGAUAAGCGCGGGUUAACAACCAUUUAUUGUAAACUAUAAAGAAGCUUUAUAAUUUCAAGGUUACGCUUUAAAAACAUCUUAUUGAGGCUUAAAAUAGAUUGGAUAUCCAAACUGAAAAAUACUAUAUUAUUUCAUCCAUUAAUGUUGCUGUCUCGCAAUGCGAACUUGUGCGCGCAACCGCCAAUUGAAUUGCCCGCUUUACUUAUAUACGCAUCGCGCGGCUACCCGUUGAUAGGCGCCACAGCUAAAGCAAGGUUUAAAUAAAUGCGGUAGGAUAAAAUAAUUUCACAGAGAGGUAGUGUCAGUGUCAACCAUGGCGGGAAACGGUUGUUCAACUUUGUUCGGUCUAUUGUCUGUGAUGGCGUUGUCUGGUAUAAUGUGCGUUGAAGUGCCGAAAUUGAAACUGAAUAAUGGGAAAUUGAUGCCCGCAAUUGCUUUAGGCACUUAUUUGGGAUUUGAUCAGGGCGGUGUGGUGAAAUCAGUAAAUAAACAACUAGCUAAUGUUGUUAUGAACGCAAUUGAUAUCGGCUACAGACACUUUGACACGGCUGCCAUUUACGAAACCGAAGAAGAGAUUGGUGAGGGUAUUCGGAAGAAGAUUGAAGAAGGUGCAAUUAACAGAGACGAUAUUUUCGUUACAACAAAGCUUUGGAACACGCAACACAAGAGGGAACAAGUACCUCUGGCAUUAAAGCAGUCUUUAAAUAAAAUGGGUCUGAAUUAUGUCGAUUUGUAUUUGAUGCAUUGGCCGAUUGGCUUAAACGAUGAUUACACAUUCUCCGAUGUCGACUUCAUGGAGACGUGGCGAGGACUGGAAGAUGUCCAGACAAUGGGUCUCACAAAAUCUAUUGGCGUCUCUAACUUCAACUUGGAUCAAUUGAAGAGACUUAUAAAAGACGCAUCUAUUAAGCCAGUGGCCAUUCAAGUUGAGGUUCAUCCACAGAUGAUCCAAUCUGAGAUCAUAGAAUAUGCAAAGUCAGAAGAUAUGGUAGUGAUGGGGUAUAGCCCAUUUGGUUCUUUGGUUAUGAGAUACGGUAUGCAAUUUCCGGGGCCUAAGAUAGAUGAACCAGUACUGGUUGAAAUUGCAAGGAAAUAUAACAAAACAACACCGCAAGUCGUUUUAAGAUGGCAGAUCGAUAGAAACGUUGUGCCACUACCAAAGUCUACGAACUUGAAACGUUUGAAGGAAAAUAUCGAUAUUUUCGAUUUCAAAUUGGAGCAACAUGAAAUUGAAAUAAUUAACAAAUUCCAUAACAACGUGAGAUAUACUUUGCCGUCGUUUUGGCAAACUCAUCCUUAUUACCCGUUUGAAAAGAUUGAUAAUCCUCAAUCUAAUCCUUUCCUCAACAAAAGAAAAGAAUAACAUUUCAAGAAUCACAGGUCUUGUUCUUGACCAUGCGUGAAGUUUUGUAAUAAUUGGUUAAUAAUUAUAUUUGUUUUAUACCGGAAUCCCACCUUUGUCUUCGCCUGUACGAAACUUUUGAU